AAACGGCCCCAUCAAAUUACUCACUACUUGUUCCGUAUCAAUAAUUCACACUUUUUAUCUCCGAAAAAACAAUAAAAAAAAAAUGGUAUCCAAUGACUAUUACGUGAAGCAUCGAGCUAGCAUACAUGACUAGUACUUCUACUUGUGUCUAUAUCAAUAAUUAAUUUAAUAAUGGUAAUUACGUACAGCAUGCUCAGAUCAACGGCUAUAUAUAGAAGCUAAAGUUGUGAACAACAAUCACAGCAGACAGAUAUAAUCUUUGGUGUCAAUAUGGAGAGCCACAUUUUGGUCCAAAUCAUCGCGUCUUUUGGCGUAGCAGUGAUCCUGGGUCUAUUUGUGAAGGCGUAUAUCGCGGUGGUGGCGACGCCGCGACGGCUGCGGCGGCUGCUCAAACAGCAAGGCAUCGGAGGGCCACCGCCAGCUAAUUUCUUACUGGGAAAUGUCAUGGAGAUGAGGAAGCAGACGCCAACCCGCAAGACGGCGGCGGCGGCGGCGGAUCCUCACAACUUUGAAAAUGAGUUGCACGCUGUUUUCCAUAAAUGGAGGCGACAAUACGGUGAUAUGUAUACGUUUUCACUGGGUACGAAACCGGUAUUAGUGGUGAAUGAUUAUGAUGUAAUAAGAGAGUUAAGUGCUUCCAAAUCGCUGGAUUUGGGAAGACCUUUAUAUCUAUCAAAAGAUUUUGAGUCAUUGCUCGGCAACGGCGUCUCCGCUUCAAAUGGAAAGUUAUGGGCUUAUGAAAGGAAGAUCAUCGCUCCUGGAUUGAACAUGAACAAAAUCCAGAGAAUGAGAAAUUCGAUUCAAAAAUCAGCAUUAAUGUUGAUAGAUUCAUGGAAAAGUGUGAUUGAUGGUGAAGGCGGGAAAGCAGAUAUGAAAGUUGAUAAUUUCCUAAUAAAAUUCGCGGGCGACGCCAUUUCAAGAGUUUGUUUUGGAAGCAACUAUGCACAAGGGGAACUGCUCUUUCAAAAGCUUCAAGCUCUUGUACAGGUCACAGCUACCAAAGGUUUCCUUAUAGGAAUUCCUGGCAUGAGACAUGUCCCGACGAAGCAGAAUAGGAGAGAGUGGGAGCUGCGGAGAGAAGCGAAAGAAUUGAUCUCCAAAUUAGUAAAGGAAAAAGAGGAAGCAGACGAAGAGGAAAAUAUGCUGAAAUUUAUUCUUCAAGGUGCUCAAAGCGGCGAUCUCAGCCCACAUGAGAUAGAGGAUUUUAUCAUCGAUAAUUGCAAAAGCAUUUUAUUAGCCGGAUAUGAGCCGGUCUCGAUUGCAGCUUCUUGGAUUCUAAUGCUCUUAGCUUCCAAUCAAGAAUGGCAAGAUCGUGCACGACAAGAGGUCAUUCAAGUUUGCAAAGGACGAGUUCCGGAAUUCGAAUCUAUCAGACACAUGAAACAGCUGACGAUGGUGAUCUAUGAAUCUUUGAGGCUCUAUACUUCAGCCCAUAUAGCGUCGAGAUACUCAAUAAACGACCUCGAAUUCGGCAACAUUCGUAUUCCAAAAGGUGUAAUUAUAUGGGUGAUGACAACAGCUUUACACACAGAUCCAGAUAUUUGGGGCCCAGAUUCUUACGAGUUUAAACCGGAGAGAUUCGCCAAUGGCACAAGUGGCGCGUGCAAACUCCCACAUCUGUUCACGCCCUUCGGUUUCGGCUCCAGAGUUUGCUUAGGCCAAAACCUAGCCAUGGUUGAACUCAAGCUACUCUUUGCUCACAUAUUGUCCAACUUCUCUUUCUCUCUCUCUCCCAACUAUGUUCAUGAUCCCACUAUCAAUCUACAUCUCAAGCCCGGGAAUGGGGUCGAUCUCGUCAUUCAAAGGUUCAACAUCCCUCAAGCCGAUGUGCUUCAUUAGUGCAUUUCAUGAUAAUCAUCUCGAUGAAUGCAUACUCACGAGUGACAAGAGUUGUACGAGAUCAGUAUCUUAGAGAGGUUGUUAAUCAAGAUAUGUCUUUAUGUUUUAUCGUAUUAGAUUAAUGGUCUAGAUAGGAUUCUAGACGAGUUUUCUUUUAUCUUAUAUGGUGUUUAGCCGGUUAAAUUUUUGUCAUAGAAGGUUUUAAUGAGGUCCAAUCUUAGGGGUUCAACCUGUGGUCUAUCGGGAUUUUAAUUAAGUUUGUUUUUUUCUAAUGAAAUAAACUUAAUACUUCAUCAAGAAAAA